UGGGUGCCCAAGGGUGAGUCCCUUCCAGACCCCUCUGCCUCUUGUCCCCUCCGCUGCCUCGCCGCUCCGUCCUGCCCCGGGUGAGUCUUCCCUUCCGACGGUAUUUGAUGAGGCGACUGAGGCCGGAGAAGUGAAGGGAGCCACCUCCUCCGAUGGUAUUUGCCCCCGACCAGCCCAGAGCUCUGCCCCACGCUCCGUCCCUGGGCUACCUCUUCCUGAGCCGGGCCGGGCCAGACCAGAGAAAUGGGAGUCGCCAUCUGAACUGCCGCUGGGACGAGGUCUGGGGAUGAUGCUGCUGCCUCCCCUGCUGCCCCUCCUGUCCCUGCUGUCCCUUCUCUGCAGGGGGUCCCUUUCCCAGUUUUCUGGGUUCACGCUGCAGGUUCUGCAGUCAGUGACGGUGCAGGAGGCCCUCUGUGUCUCCAUCCCUUGCACCUUCACCUAUCCCAACUACAAAUGGAACUCCCAAAUUGCCCAUGGCUACUGGUUCCGGAUCAGGGACGAGAGCUCCAGUCCCGCCGUGGCAGCGACUGACCCCACGAAGGAGCUGAGGGAGGAGACCCGGGGCCGGUUCCGCCUCAUCGGAGACCUGCAGAAAAAGAAGUGCACCCUGAGCAUCAGUAACGUCCGGAAAGAAGACGCCGGCAUCUACUACUUCAGGCUGCAGAAGGGAGAGAUCAAGUAUAGUUAUAAAAAUACUGAGGUCUCUGUAGAGGUGACUGCUCUGACUCAAGAGCCCGAAGUCCGGGGAACAGAGACCCUACGGGCCGGCUGUCCAGCGACUAUGACCUGCUUGGCCCCGGGGAACUGCAAAAGCGAGGUGCUCCCGACCUUCUCGUGGACGGGUACAGUCCUCUCCCCCAGGAGAGACCCCUCACUGACCAACAGCCCCGGCCCCCCUCCCUCCUCUGUGCUCUCCUUCACCCCUGGCUCGAAGGACCACGGCUCCAACCUCACCUGCCGGGUGACCUUCCCCGGAACCGAUAUCACCAUACAGACAACCGUCCGGCUCAGCGUCACGUAUCUCCCCGCACCGCCGACGAUCCGCGUUUACCUGGGGAACAGCACAGUGCCCACCUCCCCCGACAAUGCAUCAUCCCUGACGGUCCCGGAGGGCGGGACCCUGCGCCUGGUCUGCUCCGCGCCCGCCCACCCCCCGGCCACACUGAGCUGGACAAGGGUCGGUUUGGGAUUAAGCCUCUCCCCACGCCAGGGCCCCCAGGGCCUGGAGCUGGAGCUGGCCCGGCUGGGGUCCGGCGACGGAGGAGAGUACGUCUGCCGAGCUCACCACCCGCAUGGGGGUACCCGCCUCGUCUCCCUCACCUUGGUGCUGCAGAGUGAGAGUCCAGGGAAGUCUCUGGGCCACUCUGGAUCCUAUGGCAAGGGGCUGAUCCUGGGGGCCGCCGGUGGAGUCGGGGUCACCACCCUCAUCUUCCUCUGCCUCAUCCUCCUCAUUGUGAAGACUCUCAGAGCGAAGCUGGCCACCCCAGAGCCAGUGACCUUCAAGGUCCAGGGCAUCGCCAAGGCCGAUAGCAUCAAUCUGGUAUCCAAGACUAUCCCACUGCCGAAGGAGUUCCAGGAGUCCCGGCCGGACGGCACUCUGGAGCUCCCGUCCUACGCCGAGCCCGACCCCGCUAAGGAAGGGGAUGGGGAGGAGGCGGAGGAGCUGCAGUACUAUGCGUCCCUGACCUUCCAGCCCCGGCAGCUCCAGGACACUAUCCAGUCUGGAGAGAUAACUGAGUACUCGGAGAUUAAGUUCCAAUGAGGGGCCGGGGGUGGGGGGAUGGGGCAGUGUGGUGGGAGGGGCGCUUGCUGGGGGUCCAGGCCAGACCAGGCCGGGCAAGGCUGGGAUAGACGAGGAAUAAAAAUGAACUGGAUGCA